AUGGCGCAGGGGACGCUGGAGGUGCUGCUCGUCGGAGCCAAGGGACUCGAGAACACCGACUACCUCUGCAACAUGGACCCGUACGCGGUUCUAAAAUGCACAUCGCAGGAGCAGAAGAGCACCGUCGCCUCAGGAAAGGGAAGUGAUCCUGAAUGGAACGAAACCUUUGUGUUCACCGUCUCUGAGAAUGCAACCGAGCUCGUCAUCAAGCUCCUCGACAGUGAUGGUGGCACGGACGACGACAGCGUUGGUGAAGCAACGAUCCCAUUGGAUGGAGUGUACACUGAAGGAAGCAUCCCACCAACUGUUUACAAUGUUGUCAAAGACGAAGAGUACCGUGGAGAAAUCAAAAUCGGUCUGACGUUCACUCCGGAGGUAGCUGUCUUACAUUCAUGUUCAGGGACUAAACCCAUUUCACUUUACCGUGUCCUCUGUUUCUCUGUGGCUAACUAA